AUGCAGAGCUUUCUGAAGCUGCUGAGGGAGCAUGGAGGCUCUUGCUCUCCCCCUGAAGAGCUGGUGACACUUGCGGGAAGGCUGUUUCGGGACCUCCAGGAUGACUUUGCUCAGGUGCAGCCUUUGGUGGCAGCAGUUCUGGGCAGUCAGCUCCGCCUGUAUCUGCUGGACAAUGCGGACGUGGCCCUGGUGUGUGCUCGCGUCCUACUUCAGCAGGAGCAGCAACAGGCAGCUUGCCGAGUUCUAGAGGGGUGCCGGGUUCCAGGUGGCAGCCAGGAGCUGGUGCAGCUCUGGAAUGAUAUUCACUACCGUGUGGCCAUGAGGAAACUGGGUGUGGCUACACUGAGCCCAGUGCAAAAGUUCCGCUGCAGGAAGAGGAACCCACCACCCCCUGCUCUUUGCCCCGAGGGCCUCAAGAAACGGACCUUUCCCCUAGAGGUUCGCCAUCAUCUACAGGACUUUGCUACAAAUGUCAGCACCAACCCCAGCAAGGCCCAGCGGGAGAAUCUGGCUUUGGAGACUGGCUUAACCCCUGAGCAAGUGUAUAACUGGUUUGCCAAUUACCGGCGUCGUCAGAGAUACCUUAUUCAGCAUAUGAAGCCAGCCCAGCAGACUGCCUCAGACGUCUCCACUGCAAAGGAGAGGGUUUUCAGUCCCUUGCAACCUUCAGGAAACCCUCAUGGGUUUGUGGCCAUUUCUCAGUGGUCAGCAGGAUGUGAAGAAAGUGGACCUCCACUGUCCCUAGAGACCACCCAGGGAUCAUGGGGACCUCUGGCCCUGGCUGUUAGCUUUCCUGGAGUCAACGCAAUCUCACAGCCACUGGGUGCCAGGUCACUUCAGGGAAGCACAAGGUACCAUGAAGGGUCUGGCCACCAUCCUGCCAUGCUCACUUCCAUCUGUCCUGGCCCUAGUCUCUGCCCUCUGGCUGCUGGCAGCGACAUGCUGGAUCCCUCUGUGGCUGCCCCAGAGUCAUGGAUGAUGUCCCUUGCACUGUCACCCUCCAAAGAAGUUUGCUUCCACAUGAGGCAGCCAAUCCAUGAAUGUGGACUGAACUCCAUGUCCAUUGCUGCCCUCAGUGAUCCCAGCCCUGCAGGAUUUACUGACCUGCACAGUGACAAUCCUCAGAGCUCAUUCUCAGAGGGAGGGUCAGGCCCAACCAGUGGACAGACAGAAGUGACCCAGCUCUCACCUCAGGCUUCAAAAUUCAUCCUCACCAACAGCCCCAUAGAAAUGGUGCCAGCCUCACCUUCCUUGCCAGGACCUGUGUCUUCCAUGGACCUGAGCCAGCCCCCAUUCUCCAGCCAGGUGCAGUGGUCUGAUAGCCAGGCCUCCAGUGAUGCUUUUUGGGGAGCCAGAAUGCUCCUUGAGUUCUCAGGGGCCAGCCUGAGCCAAGAAUCCACUGUGGAGCCAAGCCAGCACCACAAGAGGAGCAACUGUGGGUUGUCCAACUGUUAG